GAGCUGGAGAAAGCCCUAUCCGAGCAGGACUUGGACUUCCUUGGGGACCUCAUCGCUUGUCUGUUGCAGGGAUGCUACCAGCGCACUGACAUCACCCCCCGGGCAUUUAGCAGUUACCUGGACGACAUCAUCAGCUACCGAUGGGAGCUGGAAGAAGGGAAGCCUAACCCCCUCCGAGAGGGCCCCUUCGAGGAUCUGCCUCCCCGCACUCAGGUGCAACUGCUGCACCGGCUGUGUGACUACCGCCUGGAUGCUGCUGACGUCUUCGACCUGCUUAAGGGACUGGAUGCAGACAGCCUGCGAGUGGAGCCUCUGGGCCAGGGGGGAGAUGGAGCCCUCUACUGGUACUUCUACGGCACCAGAAUGUACAAAGAGGAGCCCGUCAAGAGGAAAGCGCAGAGGAUCAGUGAAAGCGCUGAGCUGACAUUACCAGAGAGAAAAAGAAGGGGAAGACCACCAAAGAAGAAAAAACUGGAGGACUCCCCGCUAAGUGAUGUGGAGAGUGAAGUGUCAGAAGUGACCGAAGAGACAGAAGUGAAGGAAGAAAAUACUGAAAAUGGUCUGGAUGAUCUCCGUCCAAGCGCAGGCCGUAAGAGAGGCGCCUGGUCCCUUGUGUGUGAUACAGAGGAACAAUGGGUCGGUCUGGCAGAAAGCAUCAAGGACAAAACCUCCCCACAGGACCGCCAUCUCUACCGUGUCAUCAGCCAGAACUUCCUGCCUGAGAUCAGCAGCAUGAUCGAGCACAAGGAAGUCACCUACAAUGUGUUGNUCAUCAUCAUCAUCAUCAUCAUCAUCAUCAUCAUCAUGUUCUCUGUAGCUCUGUUGCGGCUGGCAGCUGGAAGUGUGAAGUGUGAACAGUUGACACAGCCAGCCUCUGUGACUGUGCAGCCAGUCCGACAAGCUGAGAGCCAGAUGCGUUAA